AGGAGAAGAGGAAGAAGUAAAGGAGGAAACAGAGGGAGAGGUUGUAGUUGUGUGGUGGAUCAUGCGUCCACCGAGUUGAUAAUUAAUUGUCCUGCCUGACGUUUGUAAGCUGACCAAACAGGAUCCGUGGGAGCUGAAAGACAAGCAGAGCAGGAGCACCACUUGGCACAGCAGCGUUAACUUAACUAGUGUCUGCUGCCAAAAUGUCUGAAGGAGGCUCUUUCGUGAAGGGGAUGGUCAUGGGAGGCCUCUUCUGCUUGGUGCUGUCGCUCCUGGGUAGUUUCAGCCCCAGCACAGAGUCCAGGACAGAGGACCCCCAUCAUCAUCAUCACGUCAAGGCCCCGAGCAAAGACGAGUUGAAACGCCUCUCCGACAGCGAGGUGCAGGAGUUGACCAAUCAAGUCCAGGUUUAUUGCAUCAUCAUGGUCCAGCCCAAGAUCCUUGUUUACUGGGCGACAGCUAUGGACACAUGGAGCAAACACUGUGACAAAGCUGUGUUUUACACUUCUGAGUCCUCUAAGGCACUUGAGGCGGUAGACCUGAAUGAAAAAGAUGACUGGGCGAGGUUGCGUAAAGCUCUGAAGCAUGCUUAUGAGAAUGCCGGAGACCUGCGUUGGUUCUUUGUGGCGCAACCCACAACGUUUGCCAUCAUCGAGAACCUCAAAUACCUGGUGCUCGCAAAGGAUCCCAGUCAGCCAUUCUACCUGGGCAACGCUAUGAAGUCAGGGGAGCUUGAGUAUGUGGCGUAUGAUAGUGGUAUUGUUCUAAGCUAUGAAGCUCUGAGAAGGCUGGUGCAUGUGUUCCAGGAUCAGGACAAAUGUCCAGAGAGAGGACGAGCCCUGUGGAAGCUGAGUGAGGACAAGCAGCUGGCCGUGUGUCUCAAAUAUACAGGUGUGUUCGCAGAGAACGGAGAAGAUGCACACGGAAAGGGCCUGUUCAACAGCAAGAGUGUCGAUAGCCUGAUAACGGACAGCAUGAAGGACAACCCCACUAAUGUGGUGGAGGGCUGCUGCUCCGACUUGGCAGUCACAUUCAGUGGGAUGUCACCGAAUCAGAUGCAGGUUAUGAUGUUUGGAGUUUACAGACUCCGUCCUUACGGGCACGAUUUUCAUGACUCGUUAGUAUUUUACCCUCCUGAAGGUUCAGACAAUGACUAGAGACUCAUUCCUUCAAGCUGGGUGGUGCAUUUUAAACUUUUUGCAUCUGUGAUGGCAAAACUAAGUUUGGGGAGAUGGUUUUCUUAUUGUGUUUGUGAAACUUGAUCCUGUGGGUGGGGAUAAACACUUUUAUGUAUAUUUGUACCUUUUGCACUUGGCACAAUCAGCACCCCAUUUCUUUGUGGUGUCGGUAAACAGAGUCGAUGGAUGUGCUGUCCUUUUGAAUGAAGAUACAACUGGGAAAUAUAUCCAACUUGUGACAUAAGACAAGAUUAUCUAGAAGUUUUGGUUAUUGUUGUAUUGUUAUGUAUCUUAAAUGUUUGUUUUCUUUGUGGUCUUAAAGCUGCAUUAGUUAUUUAGUGAUACACUGUUAUAAAAUUAUUUAACUGUUCAAAAAGCUUGGCCCUUGUAACCACAUUUUGAAUUUCCUUUUCUUUUUUCUCUGAGACUACAGCUCCCGACUUAUUUAAAUAUUGUGCUGCAGCACCAGUAAUCAAUAUUGAAUCAAACAUGUCCUAGCCUGGCCCAGCUCUAAAUGAAAUGCAUUUCUUGCCACGUUAUGUUUGGUUAUGACCACAUAUGAAGAAUUGGCCUUCACAGCUAAAUUAAGCAGUGAGUGAAGUAGAUUUCUUCAGUCACACAUUUAAAAAGAAAAAAAGAUUACAAAAACAAAAAACCAGUGGAAGUGUCAUUGUUCCACUGACAUUUUAAAAAUACAUUGUGUUGGACUGAUCAUAUGACUCCUUUUAAAAAAAAAAAAAAAAAAAACGAAUGGAAAAUAAAAAUAAAUAAAAUUAAUCAUCGAUUAAAUUUAAUGUGGUUUGUGGUGUUGAUUGACUAUUACAGGGUGGGAAUGAGGAUGAAAAUUGUACAGAAGUUGUUAAUGGUGUUUAUCUUGUUAAGCAUACUGUGAAUGUUUGGUUUUUUUGGUCAAGGGAAAUUUUUGUACAGUUAAAGGACUGCUUUGUUACAGUGAACAGUUUUUAAAAGGGAAUGUACUCUUAUAACAAUACAUUACAAUACAUUAUUGUUGUCACUGAUGCCCUGGUACUAUUAAAAUAUGUUGUCUGAUCAUAUCAAAGGUUGUUAACACAACUGAACUCGAGGAACCAUUACAUUACCCUCACUGAUACAAAAGGGAUUGACAAAAUACUAAAGACACCUAGUAUAACAGUACUCUACCCCCUAAAGGACAGUAAAGUUGAAUCAACACCUCCAUAAAGCAGUUUCAACACAAACUGAGCGUUGUAACCUUCAUGAAAGUGGGACGUAUUGCAGAACUGUUGCAUUAGACUGCAUUAGUUUUAGCUAAGUGUAUCUAACAAACUGGCAACUGAGUGUUUACUAGAGAGUACCUAUAAUGUCCACCGGUUUAAGCUGUCAGUCGUCACACUGUUUUUCUUUAUUCACUAAAUACUAAAGCAGAAUAACCAGUCUUAAACUGGAAGCACGUCACCGUCCAGCCACUCCCUCAGUCAGUAUGCAAACAUCCUGUGCUGUUGAAGGAAGAGGCCCUAACUGAAAACUACUCAAUGCACACAGAUCUGAUCAUUAAGAUUAGCCUGAACUGUUGAACUGGGCAUUUUUGUCACGUCUAUCAUUUGAUAUAAACAGGCAACUCAGUAAUUGGAUCCAAUGCAAAAUACCAAAUGAGAAAUGGGUUUAAAGCAAGAUG